ACAAUGGCUAUUUUCUUCUGUUAAAAGGCGAAUUCCACUUCCUUUCUAUCUUUCUUUUCCAAUAUGAAAAUUCCAACGACUGGACCCAUAAAGAAAAGCAAAGAAAUCGAGAGACAAGGAGAGAAUAAGAAGAAGAAGAAGGAGAUUUUCUGCUAAAAGUAUUAAUUAUGUUUCGUGGGAUCACCUCUCAUGAUUGUUAUUAUUCUCUCCUACUAAUUUCCUUUCUCCUAGUUGCCUCAGCUAUAAGCAGUGCUCAUAGUUGGGGCGUUCUUAACGUCAAGUACAAAUACGCCGGCCGUCAACGUUCGUUUUCUGACUUGAUAGAGCACGACAGCCGCCGUCAACUCCGAAUUCUCGCCGGCGUCGAUCUCCCCUUAGGCGGUUCCGGUCGGCCCGAUGGAGUUGGGCUUUAUUAUGCUAAAAUAGGGAUAGGAACACCUCCGAAGGACUACUAUGUGCAAGUAGACACAGGAAGUGAUAUAAUGUGGGUUAAUUGUAUUCAAUGUAAAGAAUGCCCCAAAAGAAGCUCUCUUGGUAUAGAUCUUACUUUGUACGAUAUUAAGGACUCUGCCACUGGCAAGUUGGUUUCAUGUGAUCAAGAGUUUUGUUAUGCCAUAAAUGGAGGUCCAUUGGCUGGUUGUACAGCUAAUAUGUCCUGCCCGUAUCUUGAGAUAUAUGGAGAUGGGAGCUCCACUGCAGGAUAUUUUGUAAAAGACAUUGUGCUAUAUGAUCGAGUGUCUGGUGAUCUUGAAACAUCGUCUGCAAAUGGAAGUGUUAUAUUUGGGUGUGGUGCUACACAAUCAGGGAAUCUAGAUUCAUCUAAUGAAGAAGCACUUGAUGGAAUACUUGGUUUUGGAAAAUCUAAUUCGUCAAUGAUUUCCCAGCUUGCUUCAUCUGGAAAAGUGGAAAAGAUGUUUGCUCACUGCUUAGACGGAGUCAAUGGAGGUGGUAUCUUUGCUAUUGGGCACGUUGUGCAACCAAAAGUCAACAUGACUCCGUUGGUACCAAAUCAGCCACAUUACAAUGUCAAUAUGACAGCAGUUCAAGUUGGUCAUGAUUUCCUAAAUCUUACGACAGAUAUAUUUGAGGCAGGAGAUCGAAAAGGGACAAUAAUAGACAGUGGAACAACCUUGGCAUAUCUCCCUGAAAUGGUUUAUGAGCCAUUAGUAAGUAAGAUACUUUCUCAGCAGCCUCAUUUGAAGCUUCAAACUGUUCAUGAUGAGUAUACAUGUUUUCAGUACUCUGCAAGUCUUGAUGAGGGAUUUCCAAAUAUCACUUUCCAUUUUGAAAAUUCAGUCAUUCUGAAGGUUUAUCCACAUGAGUACCUAUUCCCCUUUAAUGGUCUGUGGUGCAUUGGAUGGCAAAACAGUGGAAUGCAAUCCAGGGAUCGAAAGAAUAUGACCCUCUUGGGAGGUUCUUCAAGCAUACAAGUACUGGAUGAACGGACUGGAACAGUGCAUUUAGUAGGUUCCCACUAUUUAUCUUCUGCUUGCCAUUUGAAUGCCCAGUUUAUAAUAAUUUUGAUUUUGUUAGCUACAUUACUACACUAUCUGGACAACUGAUAUUCAAUAGACAAUACAAAAUAUACUAACUGUUAAUUGAGAUAAAGAAAUUAAAUAUAAAAAUGAAAUCAAGAGAUUCAUCUU